GAGAUCUUUGAUGGCACUGAGGUUGUAUUAAGAGAAUGUCUAAAUGCAACUAUCAGGAGCUGAAGAAUGAGGAAGGGUUUCUACGACUUCCAGAGCUUGAUCAUCCAUCCAUUGUACGAUAUGUUGACUUUGCAGAAGAUGAUAACUUUGGAUACCUCGGUCUUCAACUUUGUGAAUACACCCUAGAAGAAUACAUCAGAAAUAAAGAUGGUGGUCUACUGAUAAAGAAACUUGUCAAACAGGUUCUCGACAGUUUAAGGGUGCUUCAUUGUCAAAAUCCUCCAAUUCUCCACCGAGAUCUCAAACCACAGAAUGUUUUGAUCGAUGUUAAUGGGAGGGCAAGAUUAGCUGAUUUUGGUAUAAGUAGACGGUUACCCAGGGGACAAACAACCUAUCGCACAGGCAAGGCAGGAACAAAAUGCUGGAUGGCCAAGGAGACAUUGGCAGAAGAAGAAGCUGACAUACCAUACAAGCCAAACACUGAUGUACAGGUGGCAGGGAUGCUCAGUUAUUAUAUCCUCUCUGGAGGACACCAUCCUUUUGGCGACAAACCCUUUGAAUGUGAGUACCACAUUCACAAAGGGAAUUACAGUUUGGACCAUGUUCCAGAUGUGGUGGCAAAGGAUCUCAUCGAGUGGAUGAUCGAUGCAGAACCAAAGAACAGACCUAAAGUGGAAGAAUGCUUAAGUCAUCCCUUCUUCUGGACCACUGAAAAGCAAGCUGAAUACUUGAGAAAGAUUGGCAACAGGGAGGAGGUGGCAAAGUGUCGAAAUGCUGAGCAGGAGCUGAUCUGUUCAUUGGAAAAAUGUGCUGGGGAUGGAUCCUUCAAACAGUGGAAAAAUAAGUUUCCAACAGAGUUGGUCCAGAAGAUGGAUGGCAAUAAAAAAGCCUACCCUGAGAACACACUGGGAUUACUGCGCUUCAUACGCAACCUCCAUGAGCACUAUGCCAAGGAUGCUGCCCGCGUUGAUGUGAUGAAGAUAUUUCCUGCUCUCUUUGGAUGUGUUUACAAGUUUGCCAAGACCCAAGGAUGGAAUUUAGAAACCCCGUUGAAGGAAAUGUUUAAAAGACCACCACAAGCUUUGUGAUGUUGUCCAUGAGCCUCUCUUAAGUGAAGUUGACUUUUAAAACAUAGGUCAUUGUUUGGAACCCUUUUAGCUUCUUUGUUCUAUUACUAUACAUGUCUUAAUGGCUUUUCAUUUCAUUCAGAGGUACAACCAUUUCAAAAAUAAAGGAGCAAUUGAGUGAGUGGCAGUUGAGAAAGUGUAUACAAUUGUAAAGCAACUAGAGGAGAGAAGUCACAGAGUGCAGUAAUGUCUUAGUGUCUUCCUUCAUUCCUGACACAAAUUCCCUUUCUUAUUACAUUACAUCUGUAUUUCUUAUUGUUUGCAUGUUUAAGACGCUGAAAUAGAUGAGUAAUUUAGAAAAAAAUCACAAAAUCCUCAAAUAUAAUUUUGUGAUGUUUAACCUAUUAAGAUGACUUGACAUAUUUAUUUUAAUUGUAAAAUGUAUGUAAACCUGUUUUUAGAAAUAGAUUCUUGUCUUAUAAAUAAAUAUCAAUCAAAUCUUGG